AUGUUGGAGACGAGAUCUGUUAGAACCGCUGAUUCGGUGUGGGCGAAUAAGCCGCUGCCGGCGCCUCACGCCAUGGCUAACUCUAGGCACGGAAAAAGUGCGCAGGAUGACGUAUGUUACGUAGUUGCCAAGUACGAUUACGCCGCACAAGGUGCGCAGGAGCUGGAUUUGCGCAAGAACGAACGUUACCUGCUCCUCGAUGAUUCGAAACACUGGUGGCGCGUGCAAAAUGCUCGCAGCCAAUCGGGAUAUGUACCAAGCAAUUAUGUUAAGAAGGAGAAGCCUUCAUUAUUUGACAGCAUCAAGAAAAAGGUUAAGAAAGGAUCUGGAUCCAAGACCUUACCAUCAAGUGGCUCACCAGUUCGUGGGGGUUGUGGUGGAGGAGCAGAAUCUCCGGGUGGUCGUCGCGUCGAGCCCACUGAAGCUCUAGGCACCGCGGUUGUGAAAUACAAUUAUCAGGCACAGCAGCCCGAUGAAUUGUCGCUCACUAAAGGAACAAGAAUACUCAUAUUAGAGAAGAGUAAUGAUGGCUGGUGGAGAGGGCAGUAUCAGGGGCAUACUGGGUGGUUUCCAUCUAAUUACACUAGCGAAGAAGGCGACAGUGAAGACACAGUGCACACAUACGCUAUGGCUGAAAACGUCUUAGAUAUUGUUGUGGCGUUGUACUCAUUUACGUCUAAUAACGAACAAGAGUUGUCCUUUGAGAAAGGUGACCGCUUAGAGAUCAUUGAACGACCACCGUCGGACCCGGAGUGGUAUCGGGCGAGAGAUUCCCGCGGCCACGUGGGACUUGUGCCUAGGAACUAUUUGCAAGAACUGGCGGAUUACCUUGCACAGCCCUAUAGUGAAGCAAAUGAAGGUGGCGCUCGCAGCGGCGCGGGCGCCGUGGCGACGAGCACGUCGGGGGGGCUGGGCACGCGUGCCUGGUACUACGGCGCCAUUACCCGCACGCAUUGCGACGCGCUGCUAAACCAGCACGGGCACGACGGUGAUUUUCUCAUACGGGACUCGGAAACAAAUGUGGGUGACUACUCCGUGUCCCUAAAAGCCCCCGGCCGCAACAAACACUUCCGCGUCCACGUGGAGGGUAGUUUGUACUGCAUCGGCCAGCGUAAGUUCACUACGCUCGACCAAUUGGUCGCCCACUAUCAGCGUGCACCAAUAUACACCAACAAGCAGGGCGAGAAGCUCUACCUCGUGCGUCCCUUGCCCCGCGCCCCGCAGAACUGCUGA